GCAUCCCUCGUAUCCAGGGAGUGGCCGCUGCACCUGUCCGACCUGUUCGAGGACACAUGAUUCCGCAGGAAUUUCUGCCUCUGUGCCCGUCCUUUGUUUAACGGGUAAAUUCAGAGAGCUUAGUUAUUCAGAGAGCAAGGAGAUACAAGGAGAGGUGAAAAAUGUCGGAGCCAGCCUCUAACCCCGCCGCCGCCACCGCUGCCCCGGUGGACCCCGCCGCCGCCACCUCCUUCCCGACGGCAACCAUUUCUCUACCUCUGGGUUUGGGUGUGUUACGGACUUAUUCUGGAGUUCUCAUCUGCAUAGAAAUAGUUUUUGGUGGCCUGGUUUGGAUUCUGGUGGCUUCCUCCGGUGUGCCUGUACCUCUGAUGCAGGGUUGGGUGAUGUUCGUGUCCAUCACGACCUUCUUCCUCUCCUCAGCCUACCUUGCUCUUCUCGUCACUGGUUUGGCAGAACGCAUAAACACAGACUGGAAUUUCUUGGAUUUAUUUUACCAUUUCAUUGCAUUGCUGUUCUACUUUGCUGCUUUUGUGUUGGAAGCGGCAACUACCGCGGCAGCGGCGGGAGUUCCCAUCACUAGCUCUCAUGUUGCAACUUUGCUGUCAUCAAGGCAAUACAAAAUUAAUGUGGCAGCAACGAUAUUUGCAUUUGUUGUGACGCUCUCCUACGGCUGCAGUAUGGCGAUGGGACUCAAGAGGUGGAUGAAAUAACUGGGACAGGGACUGCACAACUAAUGCAUCUUUGCUUUGUAACUUCUGCGCAUCCUAGAACAUUUGCAUCAUGUGUCAAAAAGGUCAACACAAAAACAAUGAGACAAAACCUUAAGAAAGCCAUGUUUCACUUAUGAAUUCUAAACAUUUUGGAAAAAGUUGGCUAAAAAAAAACAAAUUCAACCAAAAAAAUUGCACUUUCCAUGACAAUACUUUUAAAUAUUUUUCGGUCUUCAUUUUUCUUGCUGUGAAAUGAUAUUGGAAACAUCACUUUGUAAAUAUAAGCCUAAUAUUUGCUGCAAAACUGUAAAAAAACAUCAGUUGUAUGCAUUUUUUUUCAGUGCUAAAAAGUAAAUAAAAUUAGUUGGUGCUAGGGAUAUGAAGACUGCAGAUUUCAUGUGACUGCCUUUCACUCUGAUAUUUAAAUAUCUUAACUAUUAUACUUUGCAUUCACUGUAUAACUGUACUAUGACUAUAGAGUAUGUAAAAGAAUGUUUAAUUAUUUAUUAAACUGCAAAGUUUUGCUUGUUUUAGUGAUUUACACCUCAAUAAAAUGUAUUUUUGAACAAAGUUACCUUAAUCUGUUGUGAAAAUAUUUUCCACUGACAUUUUCUCAGUUAUUUAAGCAAAUGGGUUUUAAUGUUUAGGCUUUAAAUCAAACUAAGAUUGGUUAUGUGUAUCUUUUAUCAUCUGUAUUUGUUGCAUCGGGUGUUGGUUUUUAUAUGGGUGUGUUUUUGUCUGUGUGAAUUGAUAAUUUAACCAUUUAUUCCUGCAAUUAUCUGUAAUUUUGUGAUUUACAAUUAUUUUUAAUCUUUCUUUUAUUGUUUUCAAUACUAAAGCUGUUUCUUUCAACACAUUUUUAACAUAAAUAUAUAUUGGCUUGUGCUUGAUUGUUGUAACGCUUCAUUGAAUGAUCUAAAUUAUGAAUUAUGAAGAAUCACUGUUUCUUUUUAAAAAGGAAUAAAAUGACUGAAAACAUUCGCA